AUGGACGUUACGGAAAUGGACGUUACUGAAGUGGACGUUACGGAAAUGGCCAUUACUGACACGGACACUACCGACAUGGACACCACUGACAUGGACAUCAAUCUGGACACCCCAAAUGAAACAAUGCCUCUACCGAUCGACUCUCAAAACAACACAAGCACAACACAAGAAGAUCGGCAACCCUUCGUCUGGCCGGCAACACCCGCUCUCCGGCCGAACGACCCUUAUUCCGAAAUUCCACCCAUCGAGCUUCCUGAGAUUCUCGCGUCUGUCGAGACGGAUACGUACUUUAUCGAGUCCCAGAUCUCGCCCUUUGAUCAGCUCCGCCACCGGCCGGCCGGCUAUCUGCCACCGCGCGAGUCGCCCCCGCUGCCACCUGGUGCCCUGUAUCCCAUCCGGAAGCUAAAGUCGUCCGAAUUCGUCGCAAAGCUGCGGCAAUGCGGCCUGCAGGAUCGUGCUAGCAGCGUGGACCGCUACGACUAUGUGUCGUCCCGGCCCGUGCACCAGCUCGACGGGUACACGAGAAUCAAACCGCCUCCAUGGGACAAACUCAACGCCGACGUGGAUCCGGCCGUCCAGCGUGAGGCAGCGCAGCGGCGCGAGGCGCAGGACAAGAUGAUUGUGGCGGUAGCAGACUACGAUGCCCGCCGGCCGGUGUCGGUCACAGACCGCAAGCUGGUCGACGGGCAGCCGACGAUGGGGCCGGCCCGCCAGGAAAUCCGGGACCAGCUGUCCGAGCGCGAGCAGUUCUUCUACGUGCUGCCGGCCGAUGUCAGGAAGAAGAACAAGGACGAAGCAAAGAAACAGAGCGAGGUGGAGGCCGCACUGCGAAGAAAGAGACUCAUCAAGAUGCUGGAAGAGCGCAAGGCGGCGAGGAAUCAAGAGCACCAAGAGAGCGAGAUGGAGGCCGAGGCAAGGCCACUAAAACGAAGACGGCAUUCGAUCCAGUAA